AUGGUUUUAUACACUUCCCCAUUUCCUAACAGCUUUCUGUCGGUUCUGCAUUCUUUUUCCUGGGGCCUGAUUUUUCCAUGUUACUGGUUAGCAGAUAGGCUCGUGGCCUCUUUUGUUCCCACCACCUAUGAGAAACGUCAAAGAGCAGAUGAUCCAUGCUAUUUUCAUGCCCUCUGCAUCAUUAUUACCACUCCCAUCUACUUGGCACUCUUGGUAGCCUCUCUUCCUUUUGCUCUGAUUGGCUUCUUGCUAUGGUCCCCACUCCAGUCAGCCAGAAGGCCAUACAUCUACUCCAGACUACAAGACAAGAACCAUGCCAAUGGGGCCACACUACUCACUGAAUGGAAGGCUGCAGGGAAUGGGAAAAGCUUCUGCUUUGGCAGUGCCAAUGUUUGCCUGCUGCCAGAUUCUCUGGCAAGAUUUAAUAAUGUUUUCAAUACACAGGCUAGGGCUAAAGAGAUUGGCCGGAGGAUCCGAAAUGGAGCAAGCAGACCACAGAUCAAAAUAUAUAUAGAUUCUCCUACCAACACAUCCAUCAGUGCAGCAAGUUUUAGCAGCCUGGUGUCCCCCCAGGGUGGAGACAGCACUAAUCGUACUGUUAAUGCUGGCAUCAAAAGGACAACAUCAAUGGAGUAUAAAGGAGACAAUUCUGGCUCAAACAACAGUGAGAAUAGCAGAGAAGAUAAAAAUGGAGCUGGAGAGCCAAAUGAGGGAGAAGAAAACACUUGCAUCGUCCGCAUAAAUGGAGAGGAUAACGGCCACAUGUCAGACACGGAAGCAGAAACAGUCAAUGGGCAGGCUCAUGCCAGUGGCCUAGCAGAGCCCUCACUGGAAGGUGAUGCUGAGGUCUCAAAAACACCUAACCACAAGCAAAAGGAAGGAGAUUGCGGGAGUUUAGACAGCUGCUCUGCCUCACGAGAGUCCUUAGUUAAAGUUCGUGUUGGAGAUGGUACAGUGGACCAAAGCACUGUCAACAACAAGCUCCUCUAUAAAGCCUCAAUCAUGAAGAAGACAUCAGUGCGGAAAAAGAAACACACAGAUGAGAUCUUUGAUCAUGAGAUCUCUGCUUUCUUCCCUGCCAACCUGGACUUUCUGUGUUUGCAGGAAGUGUUUGACAAAAGAGCUGCAGAGAAAUUGAAAGAGCAGCUUCAUCGCUAUUUUGAAUACAUUGUCUAUGAUGUUGGGGUCUACAGUUGCCACCAAUGCUGUAGCUUUAAGUUUGUGAACAGUGGUCUGCUUUUUGCAAGCCGCUAUCCUGUUAUGGAUGCUGCCUAUCACUGUUACCCCAAUGGAAGAGGAACAGACUCCUUGGCUUCCAAGGGAGCCUUGUUUCUUAAGGUGCAAGUGGGAAGUACACCUCAGGACCAAAGAAUUGUGGGAUACAUUUCCUGCACUCACUUGCAAGCUAUUGCAGGAGAUACUACUGUUCGAUGUGAGCAACUGGAUAUGCUUCAAGAUUGGCUGUCUGAAUUCAGAAAAUCUACCUCCUCCUCCAGUACAGCCAAUCCAGAGGAGCUGGUGGCUUUUGAUGUAAUCUGUGGAGAUCUCAACUUUGAUAACUGCUCCUCUGAGGAUAAGUUGGAACAACAGCAUUCUCUGUUUACACACUACAAAGACCCAUGUCGAAUUGGUCCUGGGGAGGAUAAACCAUGGGCAAUUGGUACUUUGUUGGAUCCUGAAGGAUUAUAUGAUGAUGAAGUGUGCACUCCAGAUAACCUACAGAAGGUGCUGGAAAGUGAAGAAGGAAGGAAAGGAUACUUAGUGUAUCCCACCAGCAAGAACCAUGGUUCCAGUCAAAAGGGGAGGAAGGCAUCACUGAAAGGAAAUGGGAGGAGGAUUGAUUAUAUGCUCUAUACUGAAGAAGGUCUCUACCUGGAGUGGAAAGUGGAAGUGGAAGAGUUCAGCUUUAUUACCCAGUUAGCAGGCCUAACAGACCACCUACCAGUAGCAAUAACAGAAAGAUGA